AUGAAUUCUUGCGCGGAUCAAAAUUCAACAAUAACAGCGGUGGAGACAUCUCAAAGUAGUUUUCAAAUUUUAUUUCCUAAAACUUAGGUGGAAUAAACAAUGUUAUGAAAGAAAAUCUUUGAGAAAGAAAAUCGAUUUUUCACAAAAAAGUUUGGAAUUCAAGAAAAAAGUUAUAAAUGUUUUUCCAAAUAAUCCAUAUUUGAAUGUGGACCACAAAUUUGGAAUUUUUCCUUGGCCGUUUGAAAAAUUCAUUUACGUUUUCAUAUGUUUAGAGUGAUUUUUCGUAUUAUUCCAUCAUCUCACCCCUUUUUUGGGAAAAUAUGGAAAUUUUCAGUCCAACCUGUGCAGACUGAAAAUUCGACUGUGACAGAUUCUUCAACUCGAACAGCGCGAGAACCAUCAUUUCGAAAGCCGGUAAACCUCAAAAAUGAGCAAAAAGCUACUUCACCACGUAAGUAGCCUUUCAAGAAACCUACAAAAAAUAUUCAGAAAAUUUUUUUUCCAGGUGAAUCUGUUGUCACCGAAUCUGCACCCUCAACUCGAACAGCUGUCGAAAAUAUACAGAGUCAGUUUUGUCACUUGGAAAACUGAAUAACGUCUGAAGUAAAAAAAUUUCAGAAAUCGAGGAAAAACCAGAAAAUGAAGAAGGUUUUCUCAAGUCGUUACAGAAUUUUAUAAUCGCAGUUGCUAAUUUUUUCUUCUGGUUGAUUGUUUGGAUUGCUGGAAUGAUUUUAUCAUUGUUUAUCGUAAGUUCAUAGGCUCCAGAUUUCUCAUUGAUAAUUUUUUUGCAGGGACUUGUGAAUUCUAUUGUGAGGAUGUAUCGAGCGUAUCGAGUUUAUAGAUACGUGAAAUCUUAUACACAGUGA